CUUUGAAGUCACUAAGCCUUUCUAUAAUUUGAACUGUAAUAGUAAAUAUCAUAAACACAUUCCAGCGUGAAUAUACUUGCUCUCUACUCUUAAACAAGUUAUGAAUAAAAUAAUGUAAGUAUUUUACUCUGCAUGGAACGUAACCAAAUUGACAGCUUGGCUUGACAGUUCAGUCAUCAAGCUGUCAGUCUGUAAAAGCUAAAAAAAGUGGAUCGAUUUUCACAAUUUUCGUAAAAAAAGCUUUAUAAUGUGACAAAUUUAGAUAAUAAAGUAGUUUAAUAUAUUAAUAAUAAGUGUAUAGUUAAAGUUUUAAGGUUAUAUAAGUUGUCCGUGUAGUAAUAUAGUAGUUUUACGUGUCGAAGUAAUAAUAAAAAGUAGCCGCAUAUCCACCGUAGUAAAUUACACACGAAUAUUAUUUGAUUAGUGCUUACUUAAAUAAAACAUUUAUUCAGCCAGCUUCUAUACAUAAUACUUAUAACCUAAGUUAGAAUAAAUAAUAAUAAAAAACAAACAUUGGUUGGAAAUGUUCGGACUUUCCUUAUAACUGUUUAUUUUGAGUGUUAAAGUAGGCUAGUUAGUGAACCAUGGAAGAGUCAGUAACUGUGGAAAUAACUGUGAAACCUGAACCAAUAGAUUACGAAGACAGUGAACCACGCAACAAUGAGGAUGACGAACCUCAAAAACUGUGUCAUGAAGAGAUCUGGAUCAAGCCUGAGCAUCCGGAGAGUGAACCAGAGGAACCGGUCAAGGAGGAGGGGGAGGUGUUUGUGAAGGUUGAGAGCAAGGAGUCUGAUGAGGCAUCAUCAAGCAGCAAUGAUGAAAAAAGUAACUCCUGUUUGCCGAUCAAGAAGAGAAUUGAAAAGGCGGAUGCUAAUAGUGAUGGGAGCCAGGGAGAAGUCAAGGAGGAAAAGGGAGAGAAGGAGGCUGAAGAUGACAAGAAGCCGCCUACAGAACUGCAUCCGAAAGUGGAUACCCCCGUGAUGUACUCGUACGAGAUCACGAAGAACAUCGAGAUCGUCACCAUCACGGAGGAGGAGCGCCAGCUGGAGUACGAGGAGACGAAGAAGUCGCGCCAGCAUAUGCGGCAUGUGUGCGAGCAUUGUUCGCUCGGCUUUGUGCUCAAGCAAGCGUUUCUCGAUCAUAUGAAGGUGCAUUCCCCGGAGGCAGGCGAGCACGAGUGUGUCCUCUGCCGCACGCGCAUGAAGACCGCCGACAUGCUGUACCGGCACCGGCUGCGGCACUACCGCCGCUACCGCUGCCUGCUCUGCUGGACGCGCUUCAAGGACAAGGACACAGCCGCCUGCCACGUCAUGAACGAACACGCCCAGCAGACCUUCGAGUGCGAGCAGUGUGGGAAGGGAUUCAAGCGGCCGCAGUACCUGAAGCGUCACGUGGAACAGCACCACACGAAGCCGCUCCGCCUGGAGUGCGCCGUCUGUCUGCGGGUCUUCCACGAGAGGGGUUGGUAUAGGACUCACAUCAGAUCUCAUAACGAGGAGAUCCGAGCUAUGACGGUGAAGGUCCCGGCGACCUGUGACAUCUGUUCUCGAGUCUUCAAGACCAAGGAGGGUCUGAAGAGGCACCUCCCGACGCACGACAACGAGGACGUCCGCUGCGAGCAGUGCGGCGUCAAGUGUAAGAACAGGAACACGUUAGCGCAGCACUGUCUGAAGGUGCAUAAUGAGAAUUAUAAAGGGGCGCCAGAGGCAACGUGUCCUCAAUGCAUGAGAGUCUGCGCGACACGAGUGAUCCUAAAACGACACAUAAAACGGAUGCACAGCGAUAGAACUAAAAAAUACCAGUGCGACCACUGCCAGCGCCUGUACCUGACGAAGGCGGAGGUGCGGUCGCACAUCUCGUGGUCGCACCAGCAGGGCGCGGCGCGCGGCGGCCACGCGUGCUGGUGCGGCCGCGAGUUCCGCUCGCCGUCGCUGCGGCGCCAGCACCAGGCGCGCCAGCACGCGCCGCUGCCGCCGCCGCGCACGCACCGCUGCGACACCUGCCACAAGGCCUUCGCGAACAAGCAAGUCCUCAACCGACAUCGGAAGGUGCAUUCUGACACAAUGUACCCGUGCAACGAGUGCGGCUUGCUAUUCAAAACUCAACCUUAUGUCAAGGUACAUUACCAAAUUAAACACCUCAACAUGACACGAGCAGAAAUCAAAGAGCAGAGGAAACGCAACAAGAAUACUAUACCACAAAAUAAUAUACAUAGGAGUGUUAGCCUAGAACCUUUGGUUAACUCUGAGGAUGCUGAUCAGACCCAAGAUCCCCUGAUGAUGGACAUGGUUGAGGUGAAGAUGGAGCCUGAAGACCAGACCAUAACCCCGGACAUUGUGGAAACAGAAUAGGCAAUAUAGGCUAGAUCUCAAUGUAUUUUUAGGACAAUUCUAAGGUUGAUGUAGUUUUAUUUCUGUUUAGUUUGUAUGAUCUUUUGCUUUUAUGUUUUUUAUUCGUCUUCCAAAGUACGUUUCUCAAGUUGAAUCAGCGUCCUCUUACAGUUGAAGAUUCCGAAAAAUGUUUGUCAGGAAACCGCUGUGUUAAUUGGGAAUCCGCCUCAUAAAAGUUUAAAAAAACAUAUAAAGUACUUUAAUAUUUGCCCUGUCAAAGAAAUUCAGUAACAAAUUACAUAUAUAAUACAUUUAUUUUAUUAUUUCUCGUAAUUCAUGAUUAAUAGACAACUAAAAUAUGUGUCUAUCUAUAUGUAUAAGCGAUAAGGUAAAACAUUUUUGUCAAAUUAUUUGUCUCAUACAUAUUCUUUGUUAUCAGAGGGAAAAAUAGUAGUUUAAUUUCAACUUGUAAUACUGAUUCUGUUAAAGGGUUUCCUAAUA